AUGUCGCGCAAUAGCUUCGGCUGCAUGGAAUCGGCGCCGUCCAAUGACGCCGAGGACGAAGUAGAGUAUUAUGUGCCCGAGGCCGCUCGGGACGACGACGUCCUUCCCGACUCCCUGGAGGAUGCGCUUGCCACCGCAGCAUCUGCCACGUCCCAGGCCUUGGAUCAGGGCAUUCAGAAGGCGAUGGUCGAGGUCCUGCUGGGCGAGUUCUGGGACCCCGCGUCCGGCCCCAUCUACUCCCAGCAGGGCGACGGCGCCCGCUUCUGGCGCCUGGCCAAGCAGUUCCUGGACGCGCUGCGUGCGCUGCGCCCCGACGCGACCUUCCGCGUCGUCUUCCCCGACGUCGGCGUCGCCGCCAUGCUGAAGGGCGAGUGGACCGCCCCCGGCGUCAGCCUGGCCUCGCUGGGGGACAGGGCCCCCGCGUCCCCGGACGACGACGUGGUCGUGCUGCUGGGCCCGGACCCGCAGGGCGUGUCGGCCGUGGGGCGGCUGGCGCGGGGGCUGGGGCCCGACCAGGCCCUGGUCAUGUACAACCCGCGGCUGGCCAGCGGGGACGUGGGGGUGGGGUUGAACGUGCGGCGAAUGCGCGAGGGGCUGCUGGCGGGGUUCACCACCGCCUACCACCUGCGCCCCAUCGGGGAUACGGGCAGCCUCUUCAAGAUGUACCCGGGCAGGUGGCAGGUGUUCUUGGAGGAUGCUUCCAGUCCCGGGCGAUACAGCCUGGUCAGGGAGCUGGGGUCCAAGCCGCCCUACGAGGACCUCAUGCUCAUAGUGGAGGAGCACAUGCGGACGAGCGCGGGGCCUGGAGACUCGGAGGCUGGGGCGGCACCCGCCGAGGGUCCAAACGUGUUUGAACAAGUCGGCCGGACGGUGGCCAACCUCCAGCGCUUUGCGCGCUCCCUUUCCAAGUAA